CCCGGGGGCCGGGAGCACAGCCGUCGCCGCCUCCUCCUCGGUGUCCUCGGCUCUUGCUAUACGCCUGCCGCCUCUGCUGCAGCAACCGGGCCCCGGGGCCCGCGAGCGAGGGGGCACCGGAUCCAUCCCCGGGUCACCCUCCGGGCCCGGCACCAUUGGAAGAGGCAUGGGGGGCUGCUGAGAGCUUGUCCUCUUGCUGCCGGCAUCUCCUGAGGGCAGUGGACACUGGACUCCAGCCAGCCGCGGGCACCUCUGCUCCCAGGUCUCGGCGCCUGACACAAGCCUUCGAGCUGCCCCACUUCGGUUCUAAGCAUCCCCGCGCUACCCCCCGCCCGCGGCCCGGACACCUGGGUCCUCCCGGCGGUCCCGGCGGGGGCGGGGGGGUUGGGGUAUGAAGCCGCUGGAAAAAUUUUUGAAGAAGCAGACGUCGCAGCUGGCUGGGCGGGCUGUAGGAACAGGACCCGGAGGGGGUACUGGGGGGUGUGGCGGGCCUGGGGGCGGAGGGGGAGGAGGGCCUGCGGGAGGCAGUGGCCCAGUGGGGGGACCCCGACAGCUGCAGAGACGCCAAAGUGUAUCUCGCUUGCUGCUCCCUUCUUUUCUCCGGGAACCCCCGGCCGAACCCGGGCUGGAGCCGCCUACGGAGGAGGAAGAGGGAGAUCCCGGCAGGACCGCAGGGGAGCCAGUUGGAGGGGGACCCUGCUGGUUGCAGCUGGAUGAAGCCCCGGGCCCCGGCCCCCUUGGAGUGGGGGGGCCUCUUCGCUCCCCUUCGUCCUACUCAUCGGAUGAGCUGUCCCCAGGCGAGCCCCUCACUCCACCUCCCUGGCUCCCUCUGGGGGCCCUCGACCAGCCCGAGCAUCUGCUGAACCGAAUCCUAGAGCGGCUGGCUGGAGGGGCUCCCCGGGACAGUGGGACCUCAGACAUUCUGCUGGAUGAUUUUGUCCUCACUCACUCGCUCUUCCUCCCUACUGAGCGCUUCCUGCAGGAGUUGUACCAGUACUUUGUUCAGUCGGACGGUAUUGAGGGGGCUGAGGGGUUAGGCCGGAAACAGGCGUGCUUGGCUGUGCUCCUCCACUUUCUGGAGACAUACCAAGGAUUACUGCAGGAGGAAGAAUGUGCUGGUCGAAUCAUUAAGGACCUGUAUCUGCUGAUCAUGAAAGAUGAAUCCCUCUAUCAGGAUCUCCGAGAGGACACCCUGAGACUACACCAGCUGGUGGAGACAGUAGAACUCAAGAUCCCGGAAGAGAGCCAGCCACCCAGCAAGCAAGUAAAGCCGCUGUUCCGUCACUUCCGCCGAAUAGACUCCUGCCUGCAAACUCGGGUGGCUUUCCGGGGCUCGGAUGAGAUCUUCUGCAGGGUCUACAUGCCUGACCACUCCUACGUGACCAUCCGAAGCCGCCUGUCUGCCUCGGUGCAGGACAUCCUGGGUUCGGUGUCAGAGAAGCUGCAGUACUCAGAGGAGUCAGCCGGGCGGGAGGACUCCCUCAUCCUUGUGGCUGUGGCCUCCUCAGGAGAGAAAGUCCUGCUACAGCCCAGUGAGGAUUGUGUCUUUACCACCCUGGGCAUCAAUAGCCACUUGUUCGCCUGUACCCGGGACAGCUAUGAAGCACUGGUGCCCCUCCCUGAGGAGAUCCAGGUGUCUCCUGGGGACACAGAGAUUCAUCGAGUGGAGCCAGAGGAUAUUGCCAAUCACCUCACUGCCUUCCACUGGGAACUGUUCAGAUGUGUACACGAGCUGGAGUUCGUGGACUACGUGUUCCACGGGGAGCGGGGCCGACGGGAGACAGCCAACCUGGAACUUUUGCUUCAGCGGUGCAGUGAGGUCACCCACUGGGUGGCCACCGAGGUUCUGCUCUGUGAGCCCCUUGGGAAGCGAGCACAACUGCUCAAGAAGUUCAUCAAGAUAGCAGCCAUCUGUAAACAGAAUCAGGACCUGUUGUCUUUCUAUGCUGUGAUUAUGGGGCUGGAUAAUGCUGCUGUCGGCCGCCUUCGGCUCACCUGGGAGAAACUACCAGGAAAAUUCAAAAACUUGUUCCGAAAAUUUGAGAAUUUGACAGAUCCCUGCAGGAACCACAAAAGUUACAGAGAGGUUGUAUCUAAGAUGAAGCCACCAGUGAUCCCCUUCGUGCCUCUGAUCCUCAAAGACUUGACAUUCCUGCAUGAAGGCAGCAAGACUCUCCUGGAUGGAUUAGUUAACAUUGAGAAGCUGCAUUCAGUGGCAGAAAAAGUGAGAACAAUCCGGAAAUAUAGAAGUCGGCCCCUCUGCCUCGAGAUGGAAGCGUCACCUCACCACCUGCAGACAAAGGCCUACGUGCGCCAGUUCCAGGUCAUUGACAACCAGAAUCUGCUCUUCGAGCUCUCCUACAAGUUGGAGGCCAAUAGUCAGUGAGGGUGGGGGGACUAGGGGUACCAAUCCAGCUACCUCUCCGGGAGCCCUUGGUACCCACACCUGGCACUCAAGCACUUUCCCCGUGUGUCCCUCCCCUCUUCCCAUCUCCUCCUUGCCCUGACAGAUCUCCCUCCUUCCUGGAGGGUUGGUUAGAAAUUAGCUUUGUUGCACUGAGAUCUUAGGCCUGUUCUUUCCAGGCUACCUAAAUUUUGGUUUUCUCGAUUCUUUCUCCUGUCUCUCCUCUACAUACCCUCCCAUCCCAAGUCCCCAGACAAUGGAGCAGUUUCCUCCUCUGUUCCCUUCCUGUAGGGGAUGGGGAUCAGUCUAAGGAGGGAAUUUCCAGCCCUCCUCAGAGCAGGGUAGGAAAGGAAUUGUGGAGGGAAACCAGCAGCCUCCAUUCCUCCUAACUUCUUCUCUGAUGGUCUUGGGAUCCCUCUUUGCUAUCAGGGGAGAGAGACUCCCUUCCCAAAUCUUACUCUUAUCCGUUUUACAACUCUCCCUUUCCUAGAUUUAGUUGGAGGGAGGGGAAGGGAUUGUUGUGAGAAAGGAAUGGGAUCUCUAGGUGUGUUGUACGAGGUGAUCUCUGCAGUUUGGUGCUACCCUUGUCUGCCUCGGCCUGGGAGGGGCCUGGGUUUUUCUUCAUUCUCUCUUCCCCACUAGCCCCUUCCAGGUUUCUCCUCCCACUCUGCUCCCCAGAUGCUACCCCACAAGCCCAAGCUUGUGGGUGAAGCUUUCCCUGGGGGCAGGGAGCAGCAGCAGGUGGGAGGUGUACCCAUGAGCCCCUGCGCAACUCCCUCUGUCCUUCCCUCUCCCCCAUUUCCAAAAUAUCCCUGGGGAGGGGGUGAGAGGGCAGCAGAUGCUCAGGGAAACAUAGACUUAAGCUGCCUACUGUACUCAACCCUCUUCUCCUGGGAGGUAUAGAAGAGGGAAAUGAGGCACAGAGUCAGGAGUUAAGGGUCCUUGAUAACAAAUAUCAUCUUUACCCUGUUUUGUUUGCUUUGGGGUAUCUAGUCACAGAAAUGGGAAUUUUCUCUUUCCCUGCUCCACUCCCCAGCCCACCCCCAAAUCUCCUUCUGUUCCCAGAAUCUGGCACAACAAAGAUGGGAAGAUGGAUGUCUGUGUCUCUCCCUCUUUUUCUUCUUUCUUUUCUCCCCAUCAGGGUUUGGGUGGGUCUGGCUUCUCAUUCCUUGAACAGGGAACCCUCUCACCCCGAGAAGGGGAGGCUCCAAAGGCAGAGAAUGGACCUUGUGUGGCAAUGCUUUUGCUACCUCUCUCUGUCUCCCCCACUGUGGGCCUCCCAGGUUGGGAGUCGAGGGGGUGUGGGUACAGGGGCCCCUGGCAGCUACUGGGCAUGGUUUCUUGGCAGUACCCUGCCCUCUUAUUUGGCUCCUCCUCUCCCUUUUUGUGGCAGCUGUGGCUGCUUCUUUUCCUUUGAGAAUGUAUAUAUUUUUUACCAAAUGCUCUUUAAUUGUAAAUUUAUUUUUUAAAACAAAAAGAGGGAAAGAGCCUUGUAUAAUAUGUAAUGCUGUAUCAUACGUAACAUUGUACAGUCCCUUUUAUAUGGCCCAUCUGUCUUGUUCUUGCUACAAAAUGUCCCUACACCCACACACAGACACUACCAUACACUCCCACACUACACAUUCACUGUUCCCAACUCAUCUCCCUAUCCCAUUCCGUCUGUGCACUUUCCUUCUUAAUCCCCCGUAUCUUCUCUCCCCAAUGCCCCUCAAAAAAUCAUAUAGCUUUUUUGCCACACUCACUCUUACCUGCUGUAGAAUCCCCCUACCCAUUCCUACUCCUAUGGAUAUUUGCACAAGUGUGUAUGGCAUCUUAGCCCAUUUGUAAACACAUUUUUGGUCAUACUGGCUCCCAUCCAUCCCCCUGAUCCCUACUUCCUUAUUCUCACCCACAUACCCACUGCCUGCCUUUAUUCCCACCUCCCCCUGCACCCCUCUACCCAAGACAGCUUUAACAGAAUGAAUGGUGUGUACUGUGCAGUUUUGGUUGUUGGACGGAGAAAAGGCUAAUAAAGUCUCCGAACUAAUA